AUGAAGGCACCUCCCGAGGGGCCAGCCAUGUUCUUUUCUGACGGCUCCACCUUGCUUCGAUCUAUGAAAGAUGAAGGUCUUCGAGCCACGUGGGCACCUUCGCUCAUUGAUCCAUCCCCGGGCAGCGCUCAACUUGCUCGAGCCCAUUUCGAGAAGCAUCCACCGAAUAAUCUUCGAAAGUCGAAUUUUUUCCAUUUCGUUGUCGCGCUCUAUGAUCGGGCCAGCCAACCAAUUGAAAUUGAGAGGACACAGUUCGCUGGUUUUGUCGAGAAGGACAGAGAAAUCGAUGGUCAGGAUACGAAAAACGGGAUACAUUACAAACUUUAUGUUUUGUUCCAAAACGGUCUCCGUGCAGAGCAGGACCUUUUUGUGCGGCUGAUAGACAGUGUAUCAAAGCAGGCCAUCUCAUACGAAGGACAGGACAAAAAUCCUGAAAUGUGUCGCGUGCUACUGACGCACGAAGUAAUGUGCAGCCGAUGUUGCGAGAAGAAAAGUUGUGGUAAUCGGAACGAAACGCCCAGUGACCCAAUCAUCAUUGACAAAUAUUUUCUCAAAUUCUUUUUAAAAUGCAACCAAAACUGUCUGAAGAACGCUGGAAAUCCACGAGACAUGCGCCGAUUCCAGGUCGUACUCAGUACAACAGUCCGGAUAGACGGUCCACUUCUGGCCGUCUCUGAGAACAUGUUCGUUCAUAAUAACUCCAAGCACGGACGUCGAGUGAAACGAAUAGACGCUUCUGAUGAGUUUCCCGAAGUGUCCGAGCUGUCAACGGGUUCAUUGCCUGUAAUCAAGGCAUUGUGUCCGAGCGAAGGAUGGAUUCAAGGAGGAACGCAGGUGAUUGUGAUAGGAGAAAAUUUUUUCGAAGGUCUCCAGAUUGCUUUUGGUUCAACAACUGUCUGGAGUGAGUUGGUUCAAGUUAUUUCACCACAUGCUAUGAGGGUGACAAGUCCUCCACGCCACAACGCCGGCGUCGUUGAAGUCACCUUGCAGUACAAAAAUAAGCAGUACAACAGAGGAGCGCCAAUUCGCUUCACUUAUGCAUCUCUUACUGAGCCGAGCAUUGAUUUCGGGUUCCAACGACUUCAAAAGCUUCUACCAAAGUAUCCUGGUGAUCCGGAAAGGCUCCCGAAGGAAAUCAUUUUGAAGAGGGCUGCUGAACUUGCAGAAGCUCUUUACAGCAGAACACAAGCCGAGCAAUUGAGCAGCUAUGCUUCAGUGUAUUCUGCUGGAUUCGACUCGGCAGGUUUGACAGAACACUUUAUUUCUCGAUUCCUAUCAUUGAUAUCUAUUUUAUUAUUACUUGUUCUCUGUUAA